AAUUGCACAACCCUGCUAUUUGUUGCAUCUGUCGACGGUUAUAAUUCCUGUCAGCCUUUUGUUUCCGGAAAGAGCCGAGUCCCAGGUCAGCAGGCAACUUUUCUGACGGGAUUAUUUUGAUACUUGUGUCUACUGAGGCUGGAAGACCGAGGUGGUUUUGCUGUGGCUGCGACGGUGUGUUGUUUUUCUGACAACUGACUCCUAACUCCAGAGCCAAAUCCAUAGGUACCUCGGCCUCGAAGGGAUCCUUUUCACGGGGAGCCCGUGUCCCCUCCUGAGUAAUUGAUCGGGGCGCAGCGGGGGCGUUCAGCGGGCCAUGAGCGGGCAGAGCGCCGUGGCCGCGCUGCUGCAGCAGUGCCAGCGGGCCCUGGACACCGAGCUCCUGCACCGGGCACCGGGAGAGGCGGAGGAGCGGGAAUACCGGCGGUGCCAAGCCCUGCUUCCCGAGGAGCUGAGGAGCCUGCUGGAGGAGGCAAAGGAAAUGAAGUGGCCCUUUGUGCCGGAGAGGUGGCAGUACAAACAAGAGCUGGGCCCAGAAGACAAAACAAACCUGCAAGAUAUGAUCAGCGCCAGGCUGCCUGACUUGCUGGCUUUUCUGAAGGCCUCCAUCGUGGUCCGGGACAGCAGCACGGCCACGGCCGUGGUGUUCCUGCUGGAUCGCUUCCUGUACUGGCUGGACGCCUCCGGGCGGCUCCUGCGGCUGGCCAAGGGGCUGCACCGCCUGCAUCCCGGCGCUCCCAUCAGCCCGCAGCUGCUCAUCCGCCAGGCUCGCCUCGCCGUCAACACAGGUAAACUUCUAAAAGCUGAAUAUAUCCUGAGCAGCCUGAUUAAUGACAACGGAGCAACGGGAACCUGGCGAUACGCCGAGGAGAGCGACCGGAUUCUUGUUCAGGCAGUCUGCCUGCAAAUCAGGGGACAGAUCCUGCAAAAGCUUGGGAUGUGGUAUGAGGCAGCAGAGUUGGUCUGGGCUUCCAUCGUGGGAUACUUCCAACUUCCCCAGCCAGAUAAAAAGGGAAUUGCCACAUCCUUGGGUAUUAUGGCAGACAUCUUUGCUUCCAUGGAUGAGCAGGAUUAUGCACGCUUCAAAACCAGUGCUGACAUUGACCUGAGCCUCCUGCAGGAGUUCAACCACCGCUUGUUAUCGGCGGCCGAGGCCUGCAAGCUGGCAGCUGCCUACAGCCAGUACACCCCCCUGUUUGUCCUCACGGCCGUGAACAUCCGUGGGAUGUGUCUGCUGUCCUACAGCCACUCCAAGGACUGUCCCCCGGAAAAGAGAGAGUUCUACUUGUCUGAAGCCAAGGAAUCCUUUGAGGUGGGGCUCCUGACCAAGGAGGAGCAGAGUGCCAUCACCAGCAAGCAGGAGCUGCACAGUUUCAUCAAAGCCUCCUUCUGCCUGGCCACCGUGCACCGCUGGCUCCACGGGGAGAGCCAGCAGCUCCGGCAGGUCACCCAGCUGUGCAGGGAAGCCCUGGGGAAGCUGCACUCCUACAGCACCUCCUUCCCAGAGGAGGAAGAUAAGGGGAUGCUUGCCAGAGAGAUCAUGUCUCUGGUUGGAGCCGUGAAGAGGCGCCUGCGGGUGGGAGGCUUCCCGAAUUCUGAUGCCAGGUCUUACGUCCCAGACAGUUACAAAGGCUCGGUACAAAAACCUGUCCUGCAAGGGAAAGCUAGCUUUGAGAAAAUCCUUGCCAAGCAUUCCCAGCACCACCUGUCAGUGUGCCAAGUGUUUGAAAAAACUUGCAGGAUUCAUAAAACCACGCUGGGAGAGAUCCAGGUGGGAGCUUGUAUCACAACCCUGAGAACAGAGACCAAAACCAUGGACACCAUGUGUACUGCUGAAGACACAGCUCACCAGAGGAGUGGUGCUGUGAAAAUCCUGGGCUCACCAACAGCAGGAAACAGCUUAGAGGGACUCAGUGGCCAAAGAAUUCAAGACAUUGGCUCUGGUGUGAUGAAAAUUUCCUUCGAAGAAGAGAUGGAGCCAUUAGAAAUUAAAAUAAACAGCGGAAAAGAUGGUUUCAGCAGAGGGGAAGGCAGGAGCCAAAGCACUACUUCUGAGAACUCUUGGUGCAAGCUGUCCAAAUGCAGUUACUCUACCAGCUGGGAGGAGCUGAGUUGUAACAGCAGCAGAGAGUCUCUCAGGGACGGGCAGCAAGGGGAGAAGGGCUCAGUGGAGGAGCAGUGCUGUACCACAGAACUCGAUGGAAGCAGCCAGGACACGCCCUUGUGCUCGUUGCCUCCCAGAGCCUGGCAUCCCGCUCCUCAGGAGCCCCUCCGUGGCUCUGGGGGCUCUCCUCAGCAUUCCUUAGAGGGGUGUGCCCCUCGAGCAGGGAGGGUGGUGGAGAAGGAGCCUCUCUGCAGAGAAGAGCUGCGGGAGGGAAGACAGCAUGGAAGGAGCUCCUCAAAAGAGGAAGCAAAGAGCUCAAACAAAGAGUUUCCUUCCCUCUCCAUCUCCUACUCUGUUCCUACAGGGCAGGAGGAGGAGGAGAAGUCUUUUUCCUGUGCGGAGCUGAGCUGCAGGACCAAGGACAGCAGCAGGGAGGGAAGCCUCGGUCGCUUUGAGCAGCUCCACCCGGCAGAACCCGCAGACAGCACCGAGGAUCCCUCGUUUGAGGCACAGCCCCCCCAGGACAGGGGCCCUUCUGUACCAUCUACAAACAUAGGGCUGAAAGUGAGCAGUGACUCCUCUGUGCCUGGCUGGGUGAGGAGAUCUGCCGUGCUGGGGAACAGAUCUCUCCCGGUGCCUCAAGUUGACACCCAGGCAGAAACAAUGGAUGACACUGAAUUUGAGCUCGUCAGCGUGGGACACUUGUUAAAGGAUUAUCCUGCAGCACUGGCUCCAAAGCAUGGAGCAACUCCCAGUGUGCCAACAGCUUUGCCCUCCCUGGGAAAGAGAUCCACAACCAAGCACUUCGACAGUGCCACUACAGAGGAAGAUGAAGAGAAGCCUCAGGAUGUGGUGGGCAGCAGGGGACAGUCCAGUUCCUCUCUGAGUUCAGGGAUCACAUCAGCACCUUUGGCCACGAGCUGCUCUGCAGGUUUAGUGCCAAGGGGAAGUGGCUUUGCCUUCACACCUGGCAGAGUGAAGGAAGAGAUCCUGGACGCUCGCUUUCUGAGGGAUGAUGAUUACAGGCAGCUCCUGGCAGGGGUGGAGCAUAACUGGCUUGUCCAGAGACUGAUGCCUACUGGGAUCUUUAGGAGCAAAGAGCUUCACAAAGCAUACUCUGCUCUUCUUCUGAAAUACUCCAAGAAAUCGGGGCUGUGGACAGGCCAGGAGACAGCUGUGUUCAUUGGGGACUACCUGAACGUGGCCAAGGAAGGCAAGCAGAGAAGUGCCUUUUGGAUACACUUCCUGCACCAAGAAGAAAGCCUGGGAAGGUAUGUUGGGAAGGAAUACAAAGAGGAGAAAGGACUCCUCCAUCAUUUCAGUGACGUGGAGCGACAGAUGACAGCCCAGUACUACGUGACAGAGUUCAACAAGAGGCUGUAUGAGCAGAAGGUCCCUACCCAAAUCUUUUACAUCCCCUCCGCAGUGCUCCUGAUUCUGGAAGACAGAACCAUAAAAGGGUGUGUGAGUGUGGAGCCCUACAUCCUGGGGGAGUUUGUGAAGCUGUCCAACAACACCAGGGUGGUGAAGAAUGAGUACAAAGCCACGGAGUACGGUCUGGCUUACGGCCACUUCUGCUACGAGUUCUCCAAGGGAACUGACGUGGUCGUCGACCUUCAAGGUUGGGUGACAGGUAACGGGAAAGGCCUCAUCUACCUCACAGACCCCCAGAUUCACUCCCUCAAUAGCAAAGACUCACGCUCCAACUUUGGGAAGAAAGGAAUUUACUACUUUUUUAAUGAUCAACACGUGGAGUGCAACGAGAUCUGUAGCUGCCUGUCCUUGACAAGGCCCUCUGUGGAGCUGCUGGCCUAGACUGGCACAGGUAUCCAGGUGAAAGGCAGAGUCUUGUUGGCUGUGUCAUGCCUGAGCAUCCAUGUUAGUAAAUCUGAUAUCCAGGGAACAAGCUGAUGCAACCAAAACCUGCUAACAGGUAGAAUGAUUUUCUCACUCGUUUGCCAGGAGCUGGAGCACUUCGGGGAAUUUCUCUUAGAAAAGAUGCACUGGGAAGGGAUCCCAACAAUACGGGGCUGAGCCAAGCUUGCCUCCCUCCCUCCUUCCCUGCCUCCCUCUCCCUCGGAGCCGCGGCAUCCCGGGCCGUUCCGGCUGGCAGAGAGCGGGCACGGGCUGACCCCUCCAGCUGUGAGGCAGCCCCUGCACGCGAGGCAGCAUAAACCCAAACCCGGCAUCAGCUGCCCCCAGAGCCCAGCUGCUGGAUUUCGGCACUGCUCCUUCCCCAGGCACGGCUAUUCAUGGGGAGCGAGGGGAAAGCCUCACAUCAGCAAGGGCAGAACCGCAGCCCGUGCUGCCCGAUCUCUUCUGCUUCGAAGAACACAGCAGCAGCAGCUUCCUCGGCGUCUCCUUCCCCCUAACCAGACCGGGGGAUUUGCAGCGAGGUGUUGGUUGGUGCCUGCUGCUGUCACCUGCUGCCUUGAGGGGAGCCCCGGCGCACGGGUGCCUCCCCCAGCUCUGCGGGGAAGCUGGCGGCAGCGUGCCCCUCUCACCCUCUCUCCCGGGAGUGACACACGCCACCCUCCUUUCUUCCACUUGGAUGAAAUCAUCUCCCCUUUCCCCUGGCGGUGCGGGAGCAGAUGGGGCUGCUGGCCUCCGCAGCCACCCGCUGCCCCAGCUCGUGUGAGCCCGCUGUGCCUGCCCGCUGCCCCCUCCCUGCAGAACCUAAUCCCAUUCCCUAAUCCCAAACUUCUCUGCCAAGCUGUUCUUGAGGCACAGAGCGUAUCUUCCGUCGGGAGAUGCCGAGUUACGAACAGUUCGUUUAACGCAGGAGCGGAGCCUCCCGCGCCCAGCUCCGCAGGGGCAGGUCCGGCAUCCCGGGGGCUCCCCGGGGGAGCAGGAUGAGGGCAGGAUCCCCCCGGCAGGCAGCAGGUGCCUUUGCUCCCUCGCUCACAGCCCAAACUGUCGUGCCGGCUACCGGGGCUGCCGUUGUCCCCUCCGAGCAGGACAUCACGUUAAUAGAGGUUGAUUUGCAAACGGCGUCGCCCCCCCCCGCGCCCCAGUGCCCCCCUUUGCCUGACUCCCGCUUUUCUGCUCAAUGGCACAGAUGCUGCUUUGUGCUGCCCAGGACCAGGCAGCUAUUAGGAGCAAAUCCAGCGAGGGAAAUUAAUGAAGGCGACUACUAAUAAAAGACAGCUCAGGACAGCCCGACCAACUUGCUCCGAGCGGUAAUUAACUUUUUUUUAAAACUCAUGAAGGUAAAUAUGCCAUCAGCUUUGGGCCGGUCUCCCUGCUUUUUAAUAAAAGGAGGAGGAGGGGAGGCGAGGGAGAGGGGACGGCUGUGUGUCACAGCCGCCCCAGAACCAUCCCCGUUCCCUCCUGGCUGCUGCAAAGUGAUCCUCCGAGGAUUUUUUUUUUUUUUUUCCACUCCAAUCAGUUUUUAGAGGCUUGAUGUUAAAUCUGGCAGGAGUUCUGCCUCUCCUUAAUCUCAAUUCAGUACGAGAGGUCACGGGGAUGAGCAGGCUGCCAGAAUUUUGCUGGACAUGUGCAGCUUUUGCAGAAUCAUAGGUAGAAGGCAGGAUGUCCUUAUAUUUUGAAAUCCUUACAUCUUUAUAUCCUUACACUGUCAGCUCGUCAGAGCAAAAGAGUUUGUCUCAGACUUUAAACCACAAGAUUUUGCCUUGCACUUAGACAACAACCUACAUCAAGUCACAAGAAAGAUCCCGCUGGGAUUUCUGCUUAUGCCAGGGGAUUGGCUGUAUAAUAGAGAAUUGAGAUCCUUUUUGCCCGUGGGGAAUGGCAACUGGGGCUGCGUGGGCCAAACCCAUACAUAAUACAGGGCCAGGGGGAAGCCCGACCUGAGGCACUUGAGUAAGGCUUUAGGAAGAGCGGGUUUGAAAUGCGCCGGCCAGCUGAGAGCCGUGUCGGCAGGGCUCUUUAACCGCGGCGCUGCUGGACAGAUUUAUGCCUGCCAUGAAAGGCAGCGUGCGGCAGCCCUUGGGCUGCUGGUUUGGCUCCUCGUGGCCAUUCUUAUGCCAAGGAGGGCUGUAAACCCCCCCAAGGGCCUUCGGGCUGCCCCUCCAGCCCUGCUGGCGCAGAGGAGCUUUUAUGCCAAAAUACAAUACACAGAAGGAUCAUAAACACAUGUUCUGGGGCAAGGGGCUGCCAUGGAAACCACCCCCAGGUUCCUCACAUCCUCCGAGGAGGUGUUUGCCCAUCUCGCAUCUCCUGGUCUGCUUCCCGCGUGGCUGCAGUUGGCUCUGGGGUCCCCUCCUUUUGGCGUCACCUCCAAAAAUCAGUCUUCUGAGAGAAAAGAGGGAAACAUAUGAAAGAAGGAAACGAAGGAGAGGAAUGAACUCAAAUUAAGCGGCAAGAACGGGAAAUAAGCACUUCUGGCCACGUUCAAACGAAAAAUCGGGAUGAGGGUGACUGGGUUAGGUGACAAAUCCAGCCUCUCCAACUCAGCUUUUGCCAGCAUGGUCCUGCCACCCCUUGCCAGCCUUGCCCCGUUUCCUCCGAGGCCAUCUCCAGCCAAGGCCAGCCUCUCCCUGGGAGCAGGGGAGGUCUGGCUGGCGUGGCUCCCACCCCAAACCCCUGUCCGACCCCCCCCUCCACCCUCGGACGCGCCGUGUUCUCUUUCCCACGGCGGUUCCCGCCGGCACAGCCCCAUCCCAGCUGUACCUGGGAUAGAGGGAAAUCCCUGCAGGAUGACACACCUGGCAAGGAGCAGCGUCCCUCCCUGAGGAAAGCUGCGGGGAGCAUCAUGGUGCUGAAUCACCCGGGAUGUCCCUCCUGCUCCUGCGUGGCUCCAGCAUCAAGAAAGAGAGGAGCGCAUCCCGUCCAUCCCGGCCUUUUGAAGAGCACCUACUCCAGUGCCUCUUCAGAGAGGGAGAGAAACCAGGAAGGACAAUGAGGCCUGACCAGAAAAGACGGAGAGAGAGCUCGGCUCCUUUUUGGCGUUCCUGGAGUUCGGUCAUUAAAAGGGGUCGUUAAAAGCGGGUGAGAGUGAAAACCCCGCUCCCGACGGGCUGCCCCACGCACCGCCAGCGCCGUGAAAGGCUCCCCCUUGUUUUGUCCCUCCUGGCCCGUGGCAGAUUUGGGGGAACACAGCUUCAUCUUGCUGGCCACAUCAAAGCAGUGAUUAUGCAAAUGCUCCCACUUUUUCUUUUUUUCUUUUUUUUUUUUUUUUUUUAGGGAAUUAUUUAUCACACAAUAACCCCCCUGCCAGGGGGGGAAACAAUAGAUCAGGCUAGAUAGCACUGCUCGCCCGAGGCUGUGGGGCCGGGCGGGGGGGAACCCCCCGCGCGGUUUAUUGGCCUAACCUAAUUUCACUAAUUCUCUUUUCACACAUUUUGGGCUUUUUUUUUUUUUUUUUUUUUUCCUCUCUCUCUUUUCCCCCUCUCUUCCUUUCCCGGACGUCGCUCCGAGGGCCGGGUUUCACGCUCCCAGGAUCCGGAGGGCACCGGGCGGGAUUCGCAUGCUGAGCAUUUUAUUUAAUUAAUACAGCCAGGCGCCUCUGCUGGUUUUUAAUGAUUUCCAAGUGUUUGUACCCAGAAGUCACAAAGUGCUCCCGGGAGCACGGGGACGGUGAUUGAAGGGCCUGGGCGGCCUCCAGCACCCCCGUGCACGGUGACAUCCCUGGCUGUGUGCUGUGCACGCCGAACCGAACCCCCUGGGACUGCCUGCGACCCGAAAUUCAUCUGACCCUCACAGGGAGGAAAUCCUUCCUCUUGUAACGCGUGGAUUUUUAGCUCAACAACAUUUAAUUCCUACGGCCUUGUUGGUGAAAUCCAUUGGCCUGAAGUGUGACAAGUCUUUAUCCAUCCAUCCUGCAUUUGCUGUCAGCACCUUCCGUACUGAGAGCCAAGGGUAAAUGAGCAGUAAACUUCCACUGAACUUCCCUCUCUCUCUCUAAUGCUCUUUCCACCACGGACCCGGUGACAUCAGGCCCCACCGGGCCUUGGUUUCACCAGAGACAAGGACAGGCCCAAUCCCAUAAUUCCCAGCCGCUGGCACAUAAAGCAGAAAAAGCAGCAGCCCCAAAGUUACGAAAAUUAGAGCUUUUUAUUUAUAUUUUAUCACAAGGACAAACCCUUUGCUCUUCAGCUGUAAAUACAUACUAGAAUAAACUCUGUAAAUUAUACAAAAAAUACAUAUUUUCCAUGAAAUCUGUCUUUAUAAUAAAUAAAUGUGAACACGUGUGUGGCUGAUCGCUGUAAUGUUCCGUGUCUGUUGAGGUUUUCAGUCUGUUGAUUUAUUUUUAAUCUCCUGAAAGAAGGGGGGAGUUCCUUGUCCCCUAAAGGUCGAAAUAAAUAAUGUAUGAGGAGAUCCUUCCCCAUUCCCCCCCUCCCGAUUUUUUUUUUCCCUUUUGAUAGAGAGUUCAGCCUAAAUUUCCACGCUUGCAUUCAGCCCUCACAAAGCCUACAAAUUAUACAAUGACUUCUAACCUGGACCCCUAACAAAACAAUUUACUUUUUUUUUUUCCCCUCGCUUUGCACCCCCCUCCCGCCUAUAAAUCAUAAGGGACAGAUGGCAAAGAGGGGAGCGGGGAAAGGGGGGGACACACACACAAAAGCCCCGAGGUGACAGAUCUGGGAAAACUGGACAAAGUGCACAUCGGCGAGAGAGAGAGAGAGAGAAA